GUGCAGACGACCCCGGCUUCUGCAGAUCCCUCCGGGCGGAGAAGAGUCCGAGAGCUGGCGUGGGCCACUCACAAGGUUCAGAUUGGAGUCUGAAAGCAGAUUCCUCUCCAGGGAGAAUAUUCUGGAACGUGGGAAAUGGCCCCAGGGCUCCUGACAACCAGAGACAAGGCAUUAAUGGCCUUCCAUGACGUGGCCGUGGCCUUCAGCCAGAUGGAGUGGGAGCUGCUGAGUCCUGCUCAGAGGAUCCUGUACAGGGAAGUGAUGUUGGAGAACUAUAGCCAUCUGGUCUCCCUGGGUAUUGCAUUUUCCAAACCAAAACUCAUCACGCAGCUGGAACAAGGGGCGGAACCCUGGAGAGACGGCAGUGGAUGCUUUCUGGACCUUUGUCCAGAAUCCAGGACAGAAUUAGAGCCCUGUCUCUCCUGCCCGAUAGCCUUUGCUAGUCCGGAAGUCCUCAGAGUGUGUGUGCUGAAUGGACCUCCCUCUCAGACUUUCCCAAGCCCACCAGCAGGGAGCAACUUCCAGUCAGAAGCUCCAGGCUGUUCUAGCAACGAAGGAGGUGACGAGAGAGACAGCAGUGAUGCUCUGUUGCAAAGGACGAGUCCAACGAGGAUUCUGAAGACGUUCUUUAGCCCAUGUCAAGGUCAGGCAGCAUACUGGGUAGAAAGCAACAGUAAACAAACAGACCUUGGCCUGGCCUCUGAGGAGGCGGUCACAGUGUUGAAGGGACCAGAUGAGUCCGCAUCUGGAGCCAUCAUACAUGGAGCGUUUCCACUAGGGCUUAAUGAUGUCACAAACCUGUUCAGCCCUCAGAAGCAUCACGCGUAUCCUGACUGCGGAGGGGGCUUUUGCCAGACUUCAGACCUCAUGAAGCUCCAGAGAAUGGACGGAGGGGAGAAGCCUUACUCGUGCUCGGAGUGUGGGCACCAGUUUACCCAGAAGGCUUCUCUCACGGUCCAUCAGAGGAAACACUCGGGGGAGAAGCCACAUGUGUGUGGGGAGUGUGGGCGAGGCUUCAUGUACGUAUCCUCCCUCAACAACCACAAGAAGAUUAUUCACUCUGGAGAGAGCCCCCUUGUGUGUCCGGAGUGUGGGCGUGGCUUCCGCCAGAAGAUUGACCUCCUCCUCCACCAGCGGACUCACCUGGAUAAAAAGCCCUUCGUGUGUCCUGAGUGUGGGAGGGGUUUUUGCCGGAAGGCCUCGCUGCUACAACACCGAUGGUCACACUCGGGUGACAACCCCUUCAUCUGCUCAGUGUGUGGGCGUGGCUUCAGGCUGCUCUCCCGGCUCCUCACUCACCAGGUCACUCACUCUGGGGAGAAACCGCACGUUUGCACUGAGUGCGGGCAACGCUUUGGCCAAAAGGGUACACUCAUGAGACAUCAGAAGACACACACAGGGGAGAAGCCUUACGUGUGUCGCCAGUGUGGCUGGAGUUUCACCCAGAAGGUCAACCUCAUUAGGCACCAGAGGAUUCACACAGAGGUAAAACCUUUCCUGUGUCCCGAGUGUGGACGAGCCUUUGAGUUUAAGUCACUUCUCACCAGACACCGGAAGACACACACGGGGGAGAAGCCCUACGUGUGUCCCCAGUGUGGUAGGGGGUUUAGCCAGAAGUUCAACCUCAUUGGGCACCAGAGGAUUCAUGCAGGGGAGUUACCUUUUCUGUGCCCUGAAUGUGGGCGUGCGUUUGUAAGGAAGUCCAUGCUCAUCCGACACCAGAGGACCCACGCAGGGUGGGAGAAACCUUACCAGUGUCCCGACUGUGGACGAACCUUUGAGUUUAAGUCGCUCCUCACAAGACACCAGAAGAUACACACGGGGGAGAAGCCGUAUGUGUGUCCGCAGUGUGGCAGAGGCUUUAGUCAGAAGUUCAACCUCAUUGGCCACCAGAAGACGCACACGGGGGAGAAGCCCUACGCCUGUCCCCAGUGUGGCCAGCGUUUCAGGCAGAAGUUCAACCUUGUCAGGCACCAAAGGAUUCACACAGGGGAGAAGCCGUUCCUGUGUGCUGAGUGUGGGCGAACAUUCGGGAAGAAGGUCUCUCUCAUCAGACACCAGAGGACCCACGGAGAGGAGAAGCCUUACCAGUGCUCUGAGUGUGGACGAGCCUUUGAGUUUAAGUCUCUAUUCAUCAGACACCAGAAGACACACACGGGGGAGAAGCCCUACGUGUGCCCCGAGUGUGGCAAGGCUUUUAGCCAGAAGUUCAACCUCAUUGGGCACCAGAGGAGCCAUACAGGAGAGAAGCCUUACCUGUGCCCCCAGUGUGGGCGUGCCUUUGGUUUUAAGUCACUUCUUACUAGACACCAGAGGACACACUCCAAGUAGAAGCUUUUUGUAAACAGCAUAUGUGGGUAGGGACUGGAUGGGAUGUUACACCUUACCUCCGACUCCAGGACUCAGUGCAGUCCGUAUAGAAGCCAUGGCUUUAACUCUGCCCUCAUCAGACGGCAGCAGACCUGUUCUGUCAAGAAGCCCUAAGUGCGGGCAUUGUGGGCGUGGCUUCAGCUGGAAGUUUCACCUCUAUAGACAUAGGAAGACCAAGUAUGGCCAUCAAUUCCUAGCCUGAGAGGUGUUUGCCUGACCUGUUGCUUCCUUUCCCCAGGAGCACGGAGCUGGCAGAAAUCACUAGUGAAUGUUCCCGGAAAUCGAGUAGGGGAAAAAUCCUUGCUUGUUCAUGAAAUCAUUGGUUUAUGGUUUACUAUCUUCAGUUAGCAGUAUGCGUUAGUUCUCUAGGGCUUCCUAACAAAAUACCCCAUAUAUAUGGUGCCUAGAAGUCCUCUAUCAGACUGGCUCAGGUGUUGCUGGGACCACACCUCCCCUUAGUGGGUAGAUGGCUUCCCGAUGUGCUGUGUACCUACAGUCCAUCCCUCCUGUAUAGACUUUCCUGGUGCCUCUAAUCCUGGAUAGGACCACAUCCAGAUGACCUUGUUUAACCUUGAUUAAAUGUCCUGCCUCCAAGUCAGGUCACACUAGAGGUAAGACAUUGGUAUUUACAUUGUGGGGAUAGGAUUCACGGCAUCCCCAGACCUCAGAUCCUUAACUCACUUUAGCAUCAGCUCUAAAUUAAAAAUCUCUUAAUACAAACAUCUAAAUCAAGUGUGGGUGAGGAUAUAAUUCCAGCUCACCUGUAAGCCAUUUUUUUCCAUCUGCAGUCCUGUGAAAUCAAACAUGGAAUUUGCUUCCAAAAUCCUAUGACUAGACAGAUACAGGUUAGAUAUUCCUAUUCCGAAAGGGAGACAUCAGAAAGAUCUGAGCAGUGCUGGGUCCCGGUGUCCAGCAGAAACCCAGCAAGGCAAAUUCUGUGUGACCUUAAAUUCUCAAGAAUAAUAUUGACUCAAUGUUUUGCCCCCUGGCUCACAGGGCUGGCAGGCAGUAUUGUUUCCCAAGCCCUGAACAACAGCUUCACACAUUUCACCUCACUCCAGACCUGGUCUCUCUGGGCCUCUGGCCAGG